AUGGUCAGUGUUAAAGAGAGAUUUGACCAACCGGGAUAUCGCGUACUUCAGAACGUGGAGGAUUUACUUAUUAAGGCCGCACAACCUUUGAAGACCGAAUACACUAGAGAACUUGGUUUUGUUUGUGAUUUCUAUGGAAAUGAUAUUAACCGAGACAUGUUAGAGGUGCAGCUUCAGCUGCUACGUUCACAUUUUGACAAAUCAGAAAAUAGUGCUAUUACUCUACCUGAUGUUUUGAAAUUUGUGUCAGAACAGUCGGUGCUAGAACGAGCACUGUUCUCUGAGAUCGUUGUGUUGCUUAAGAUUUUGUUAGUAAUGCCUGCUACUAAUGCUACCAGUGAAAGGUCAUUCUCGGCGCUCAGAAGAAUAAAGACAUACCUGAGAUCGACAAUGUCUCAAGUACGCUUGAACAAUCUAAUGGUGUUACAUGUUCAUACGUACCGGACAGAUUCACUCAACUUACGUGUAAUUGCCGAUGAGUUCAUUACCACUAGAGAACGACGGCGAUGUGUUUUUGGGAAAUUUACAUAG